UAAAAAUGGAAAAAGGAAGAGAAUCUUGGUCAUGUGAGAAGAACGAAGAAGCCCCGACGGCCUGAGUCGUCUAAAACCCUUCGAACCGAAACAAAUCGAAGCAAAGCAGGAGCAGGAGCAGUUGUUUGUUGCAGAGAUUUUUCCAGUUUGUGGAGCAAAUGAGUGAAAGAGAUGAAGUAGGUUUAACUCUGGUGGUGAGGAAGCCAUGUUUCGGUUUGCCCACUGGAUGCCCCGAUUGCCUCCCGCUUUUCAUCUAUCUAAGAUUGGCCAAUCUUCCAUUUCACUUGGAUUUCAAUCCCGUCUAUCCCGAUUCUGAUAAAAUUCCUUAUGUUGAAACUGGCGAUUAUGUGGCGUACAAUAACGAGAGGGGCGGGGUCAUUGAGUGUUUAAGACAAGAUGGUAUUGUCGACCUCGACACCGAGGUUCUCUCAGUUCCAGAAUGGGUGUCUGCAAAAUCAAUGGUUAGUUCGUGGCUUGCAGAUGCAAUUUUGUAUGAGCUUUGGCUGGGAACUGAUGGGAGUUCAGCUCAAAAGAUCUAUUAUUCUGACCUUCCGUGGCCGAUUGGAAAGGUUUUGUUUUUAAAGAAAGUACACUCCGUGAAGCUCCAGCUUGGGAUCAACAAAGAAAAUCCUGAGCGAAGAGAAGAGCAGAUUUAUAGAAACGCAAAUCUCGCUUAUGGAGCUUUGUCCACUAGGUUAGGAGAGCAGAAUUUUUUAUUUGAGAACAGCAGGCCAUCCAGUUUAGAUGCACUUGUUCUAGGGCAUGUACUAUUUGCCCUUCAAGCACUACCUGAAACGUCAGUGCUUCGUAGUAAAAUUUUAGAGCAUGGUAAUCUCGUACGAUAUGCCGAGAAGUAUAUGACAGAGUUGAUAGAAGUCGGUACAUCCUCGCCACCAUCAUCUUCCUCGGCACAUUCCGGUUCAGGGGCCUCAUCAUCAGCACCAAGAAGGGGUCCUUAUAAUUGGAGCUCGAAGCCGAAGACGAAGACAAAGAAAGAAAAGACGAAGGAGGAGAAAACAUUCAGAAGGAGAGCCAAGUAUUUUGUUGCAACGCAGUUAGUGGCAGUUCUACUAUUUCUCACCCUCAUGGGCAGAGCUGAUGAUGCUGAAGUGGAGCUUGAUGAUGAUGAUGAAGGCUAUGAUUAUAGUGAAUGAAGAAUUCUUCAAUGCCACCUUCACCUCAAUACCUUACAUUUUUGGAAUUGGAAGUGAUGACAAAGCCAGGUAGCACUUUGAUGAGCAUCAAUUUUUCUUAAUUUUGUUACUUUCACCUAAGAUUUUGGGAUUUGACAUCAACAUAAUUUAAAAGGGAAGAGAUAUGUUGCAUUUUUUGGCUAA